AAGGAGCCUGUACAUCUAAAAAAUGAACCCCACGGCCAAAGCAGACACUACCCUGGAUGAAAGUAUGUAUAACAAUUAUUAUCUGUAUGAUAGUAUCCCCAAGCCUUGCACCAAAGAAGGCAUCAAGGCAUUUGGGGAGCUCUUCCUGCCCCCCCUUUACUCCUUAGUCUUCCUCUUUGGGCUCCUUGGAAAUUCAGUGGUGGUUCUGGUCCUGCUGAAGUACAAGCGUCUCAAGUCCAUGACAGAUGUGUACCUGCUCAACCUUGCGAUCUCCGAUCUGCUCUUCGUGUUCUCCCUCCCCUUCUGGGGCUACUACGCUGCCGACCAGUGGGUGUUUGGACUGGGUCUCUGCAAGAUCAUCUCCUGGAUCUACUUGGUGGGCUUUUAUAGUGGCAUAUUCUUCAUCAUGCUCAUGAGCAUUGACAGGUAUCUGGCGAUUGUGCAUGCAGUGUUUUCCUUGAGAGCGAGGACUUUGACUUACGGAGUCAUUACCAGCUUGGCCACGUGGUCAGUGGCUGUAUUAGCCUCACUUCCAGGCCUUGUAUUUAGCACUUGUUACACUGAGCACAACCACACCUACUGCAAAACCAAGUACUCUUUCAACUCUACAACGUGGAAGGUUCUGAGCUCGCUGGAGAUCAACAUUCUGGGAUUGGUGCUCCCCUUGGGGAUCAUGCUGUUUUGCUACUCCAUGAUCAUCAGGACCCUGAAGCACUGUAAGAACGAGAAGAAGAACAAGGCGGUGAAGAUGAUCUUUGCCGUGGUGGUCCUCUUCCUUGGGUUCUGGACACCUUACAACAUAGUGCUUUUCCUGGAGACCCUGGUGGAGCUUGAAGUCCUUCAGGACUGCAUCUUUGAGAGACAACUGGACUAUGCCAUUCAGGCCACAGAAACGCUGGCUUUUGUUCACUGCUGCCUUAAUCCGGUCAUUUACUUUUUUCUAGGGGAGAAAUUUCGAAAGUACAUUGUACAGCUCUUCAAAACCUGCAGGGGCCCUUUUGUGCUUUGCCAAUACUGUGGCCUUCUCCAAAUUUACUCUGCAGACACCUCCAGCUCCUCUUACACACAGUCCACUGUGGAUCAUGACCUCCACGAUGCCCUGUAACAAAUGAAAAUGCCAAAA